AUGGCGAACACUGUAAGCGCGCCUGCUGUAGGCAUUCCAUAUUUCACGCCAGCGCAAUAUUCCCCCGCUGGCUCUGCUGUCGUCCCCCAGCCUUCUGGGGCUGCUAUUCCCACCCUCUUCCAGCCUAUCAAGAUUCGUGGUGUCGAAUUCCAUAACAGGAUUUUUCUUUCCCCACUCUGCCAAUACUCGGCGGACAAUGGGCGUCUCACGGACUGGCAUAAAGCUCAUCUCGGCGGGAUAUUCACUCGUGGUCCAGGGCUGUCUAUCAUAGAGGCUACUAGCGUGGUACCCGAGGGACGUAUCUCACCAGGCGACUCUGGCCUCUGGUCAGACGACCAAAUCGCGCCUCUGGCCGAAAUCGUGCAGUUCGCCCACUCGCAGAAUCAGAAGAUCGGUAUCCAACUCGGUCACGCUGGGCGCAAGGCUUCAACCAAUUCGCCUUGGUUGGAUGGCCAUGUCGCUAGCGCAAUCAAUGGCGGAUGGCCUGAUCGGGUCGUUUCUGCGUCCGCUGUUGCGUACAGUAGCUCUUACCCUCAACCGAAUGCCAUGACGAAGGAAGGCAUCCAAGACCUCAUUCACGCCUUCGUCGAAGCUGCCAAACGAGCUCUGAAGGCGGGCUUCGAUGUCAUCGACAUUCAUGGUGCUCACGGCUACCUCAUUCACACAUUUUUGAGCCCUGUCUCCAACCACCGCACUGACGAAUACGGCGGCAGCUUCGAGAAUCGCACUCGGUUGGCUCUAGAGGUCGUGGAUGCAGUCAGGGCAGUCAUCCCCCCUAGUAUGCCCUUAUUCUUCAGGAUAUCUGCGACGGAUUGGCUAGAGGAGUCACUGCCUGAUCAGCAAUCCUGGACGUCUGCCGAUACAGUCAGGUUGGCACCCAUCUUGGCGGAACACGGCGUCGACCUCCUCGAUGUUUCAAGUGGGGGUAUGCAUCCUAAGCAGAAAAUCAGCUCAGAGGGCCCAAUGGGAGCGUACCAAGCACCAUUCUCAGGCGACGUGAAGAAAGCUCUUGCUAGAGAUAGUUCCCUGCUCGUUAGUGCCGUUGGCUCGAUAAAAAGCGGUCUCGCAGCGCAGCAUCUCCUCGACGCUGGUUUCGCCGACAUCGUGUUCGUAGGCAGGCACUUCCAGAAGAAUCCUGGGGCCGUAUGGGCCUUUGCGGAAGAACUGGGGGUAGAUAUUAACCUCGCGCAUCAAAUAUCCUGGCCAGUCAAAGGAAGGGGAGGAAGGGGGUCGCUCGUCGCGCACACCAAGUAA